ACUCGACCCACAAAAAAGAAGCAGCUGUUACUAGCAAAGUUUAGGUUAAAGUUUUGCGCCGGCGAGUAAAUAAUACAUUUAAUCAGAUUUACUAAACUAGUGUACCUUCGAAGGGAUCUAAGGAUCAUGCCAGACAGAUCUACGAGUAACUGACGAGGAUCAAGAGUAAUGGACAUGCUUGCCAGUUAACGACCAGCCAAUAUCUGAGGGCCUGUAGCUAUGGGGACACAGUUCACAAUUGACGACGCGUUUGUCCUGGAGGGGGAGGAGGAGGAAGGUGUGGUGCCUGGAGAGGAUGUGGGGGAAUGGAAGGGGAGAGAGAAGGAUGUCGGGGGAGAGAUGACGUUUGGACCUCUUUCUUUUUCCAAAACACAAACUUCUGGAUCCGCUGGCACUCCUGAACACAGUAAUCUGAAAUAUCAGAACCUGGAAAAUGAAGAUGCUUUAGGUGGCACUGUGAACUCUUCUUUCAAUAACUUCUUCAAAAUCAGUGAUCCCGCUACUCUAUCCUACUGCAGCUCUCAGUGGUCAUUCAGCACACUCAGCUCAGUCACACAGCUGUCUGCUCACUGCUGCGGGUGGACGUCUCACCCGCUGGUGAAGAAGAACAGACGAGUCGUUCUUGCCUCAUUCCUCCUCUUAAUCACUGGAGUUGCUUUGAUCUUUACAGGCAUUGUCAUACAGUUAAACCCUCACGCAGGUGUUUCAAGUGCAAUUUUCUUUGUUCCUGGAUUUCUUCUCUUCAUUCCUGGUGUCUAUCAUGUGAUCUAUAUAAGCUGUGCAGUUCGGGGACGAAGAGGAUUCAAGUUCUUUUAUUUGCCAUACUUUGAGAAGUAAACUGUUUUUCUUCACAUCAUCCAGACUGGUGGUCUGGAUUGCCCACCAUUUCAAACCCCCUAAAGUGAAGUAAGGGGAGGAUAUCUUUUACAACCUCAGUUACUAGUGGUCGUGUAAACAAUUUCUUCUUUAUUUUGGUAAAAGCCAGUCUGUACACAGGUCUAAGUAUAUCCUUUACAGAAAAAGUAAAACUGUGAUUUUUAGAGUGUCAAGUGCAGCAUGAUACAAUCUUAAUUCAAAAGAAGGCACAGACUGUAAAAAAGAAAUAGCUCACCCAAAAAGGAAAAUUUGCUGAAAAUGUACUCACUCUCUGAUCAUUCAAGAUGGAAAUGACUUUGUUUCUUCAUUGGUACAGAUUCAUCAAUGGUUCACCAGUGGAUCCUCUGCAGUGAAUGGGUGCGAUCAGAAUGAGAGUCCUAACAGCUCAUAAAAAAUAACAAUAUAUUAUGUUUGUAUGUGUAUAUGUAUCCAGUCUAUCAAUUAAUGUCUUGUUAUAUGAAAAUCUACAUGUUUUUACUAAACAGAUCUAUUAUUUGGGUGUUAUAACUUCAAACUGUUGCUUCUAGCAAAAAUGUGAGUUCAUAAUCCAUAUUAAAGAAGUCCACUUCCAAAACAAAGAUUCACAUAUAAUGUACACACCACCUUGUCAUCCAAGAUGUUCAUGUCUUUCUUUCUUCAGUCGUAAAGAAAUUGCUUUUUGAGGGAAAACAUUUCAGCAUUUUUUCUUCAUGUAUUGGACUGCUAUGGUGCCCCGAUUUUGAACUUCCAAAAUGCAGUUUAAAUGCAGCUUCAAACGAUCCCAAAUGCGUUUGUAAACGAUCCCAGCCGAGAAAGAAGGGUCUUAUCUAACAAAAUGAUUGGUUAUUUUUAUUUAAAAAAUACAAUUUAAAUACUUUUCAAUCUCAAAUGCUCGUCUUGCCUUUCUCUCCAUAAACUCUGUGUAUUCUGACUCAAGACAGUUAGGGUAUGUCGAAAAACUCCAAUUGUAUUUUCUCCCGGAACAAAAACAGUCCGAGCAGAGACAAGAUGAGCUUUUGGCAUUAAAAAGUAUAUAAAUUGUAUUUUUUAAAAUGAAAAUAACUGAUCGUUUCGCUAGAUAAGACCCUUCUUCCUUGGCUGAGAUUGUUUACAACUGCUCGUUUGAAGCUGCAUUUAAACUGCAUUUUGGUAGUUCAAAAUUGGGGCACCAUAGCAGUCCAAUAUAUGAAGAAAAAUGCUGAAAUGUUUUCCUCAAAAAAACACAAUUUCUUUACGACUGAAGAAAGAAAGACUUUCUUGGAUGUCAAGGGGGUGAGUAAAUUAUUUGUAAAUUGUUGUUCUGGAAGUGGACUUCUCGUUUAAUGCUUCCUCUAAAAAGAGGAAAGAGUCUUAUCCUCUCACAUCUAUUUAUUUUUGCUUGUAAAUGGUGCUUGAUCUGUGCACAUUUCUCUCCUGAUUCAGUUUUUAACUUCAAACCUGUUCCGGCUAAAAUGUAGGUUUUUUUGUUUUUACUUUUCUUUACUUUUUUUAGUUGUCUAGUUUGAGUCAGAUGAGAAAUAUGCACAGAUCAAGCACUAUUUACAAGUGAAAUCAGUCCUAAAGUGGAGUUUUCUCACUGGAGAAAGCAGUUUUAAUGAUUAAAAGUCAUUUUUUUGCCAAAAGUGACAUUUUGAAGUUAAAACACCUUUCAUUUCACAAGAUUGACUGAUUGAUGGACUGAAGUUGUGUGGAUUAUUGUAAUGGUUUUUAUCAGCUGUUUGGACUCUGAUUCCAACAGCACCCAUUUAACCACAGAGGAUCCAUUGGUGAAGUAAUGUUAUUUUAAAUUUCUCCAAAUUUGUUCAGAAGACACAAACUCAUCUAGGAUGGCUUGAAGGGAGUUUGUUUUUAUUUAUCAAACCCCUCCCCUCUCUCAUUUUUGGGUGAACUAUUCCUUUAAAACAUCUGUAUACAGAAUUUGAAGUUACAUCUGAUUGAGAUGUUUUAUAUGAGCUGUGCUACAGUGUUGUUAUAGGUGUUCAAUUCAAUGACAACUUGGAAUUGAGCAAGGAGCAUUAUAAUAAGCUUGUUAUAGAUGUACAAAGUUUUGUUAUAAAUAUAGCACUAUUAAUAACAUGAAAUUGUACACCACUAACCUUAUAUAAUACAAAUGAAAUCAGAGACAAAACAAAUGACAUGAAGAAUGAACAUCUUAAUAGAUGAAAUUUAUCACUUAGGCCAUUGCAUACACACAUACAGUUGAGUUAUAAAGCAUUUUAAAUGAUCAUCCCUCUAUUGUAAAAUCAAGAUGCAGCAGGCAAAAAUGAUUUGCUUUUUUACUGCACAUUAAUCUUAAUUAGUACCACUACUAACACCUUAAACCACUGUUUUAAUGUACAUUAUACAACAAAUGAGUGUUGAAAAGAUUUUGUAUUGUGUAAUUUUUUAAUCAUGACACUACAAUAAACCUGUUUUUAUAUUUGCUUUUAAA